AUGUCGAAGCCCACGCGAAUCGCAAGCGAAACAUCGGAAGUAUCCGUUGCCUCAUUCCCCACGAGAAAUCGUAACAAAAAUAUUCGCAAGCCUGCCAAAGAGCCUCUGCGCCCAAUCGGCCUGCGUUUUGAAUACAUGACAGAGCAGAAGACGCAUCUCACCCUAUACCCAGGCGGCAGUGCCGUCUCCGAAUGCGCCUAUUCCAUCCAAGAUGAAAAUGGCGCCGUUCUCUUCACCUCAGGUCUACCCUUGUUCGAAAUCCACCAACGAUCGCGCUGGGUACGCAAUACAUGGACCGUAUCCCUUCCCGGUUGCCGGACGACCCCCAUCGCCAUCGGUCGGCACAGUCUCGGCGGAGAUCUGCAUCUGGAGCUCGAGAACUUGAUACAGGUAGAUUGCAACGUGAAGGAACGCAAUUUGCCCAUCGACCUCGAAAGCCAUGGCCGGGUUCUGACGAUGUAUGACGUGGUGGAUGACAAUCGUAGGAUUAUGGAAAUCAAAGAGAGUAUUCGGCAUAAUAAAAAGUUAGCGUUGUUGUCCUUCUGCCAGGCGGGAUAUCGACCUGCCAUGGAUAUGGUGAUUAUGCCAGGCAUGGAUAUGGCCACGGCGGUAGCGAUUGCGGUGAUUGUAUCUGCAUCGAGUUUUCCGGCCCACCGGAGUUGCUAG